GAAAACCCUAACGUCCCGCGCCGCCCCGUAUAAAAGCUCCCGCCUUCUCCCCCGCCCGCCUUCGUUCCCAUCUCCACCCGAGCGCCGCCGUCGCCUCCACGCCUUCCCGCUCGCAUCCCCCCCCCCCCAAACCCUAACCCUCAACACAAUGGCCGGCGCGCCGGAGACCCUGGUGCUCGCUGGCGUGAUGCGCGGCCACAACGACGUGGUGACGGCGAUCGCCACGCCCAUCGACAACUCGCCCUUCAUCGUCUCCUCCUCCCGCGACAAGUCGGUGCUGGUCUGGGACCUCACCAACCCCGUGCCGGUCACCCAGGACAAUACCAACACCACCGAUUACGGCGUCCCCUUCCGCCGCCUCACCGGCCACUCCCACUUCAUUCAGGACGUCGUCCUCAGCUCCGACGGCCAGUUCGCGCUCUCCGGAUCCUGGGACGGCGAGCUCCGCCUCUGGGACCUCUCCACCGGCCUUACCACCCGCCGCUUCGUCGGCCACGAGAAGGACGUCCUCUCCGUCGCCUUCUCCGUCGACAACCGCCAGAUCGUCUCCGCCUCCCGCGACCGCACCAUCAAGCUCUGGAACACCCUCGGCGAGUGCAAGUACACCAUCGGUGGCGACCAAGGCGCCAGCGAGGGGCACACCGGCUGGGUCUCCUGCGUCCGCUUCUCUCCCAACACCUUCCAGCCGAUGAUUGUCUCAGGCUCCUGGGACCGCAGCGUCAAGGUGUGGAAUCUCACCAACUGCAAGCUCCGCAAAACUCUCAAUGGGCACGGCGGCUACGUCAACGCCGUCGCGGUGAGCCCAGACGGUUCGCUGUGCGCCUCCGGCGGGAAGGACGGCUGCACACUGCUGUGGGACUUGACUGAGGGCCAGAGGCUGUACUCGCUCGAUGCGGGCGCCAUCAUUCACUCCCUGUGCUUCUCGCCCAAUCGUUACUGGCUGUGCGCAGCCACACAGGACUCUAUCAAGAUCUGGGAUCUUGAAUCGAAGCACAUUGUUCAGGACCUUAAGCCUGAGGUCCCUAUCGCUAAGAACCAGAUGCUGUACUGCACUAGCUUGAGCUGGAGUGCUGAUGGAAGCACACUCUACGCCGGUUACACUGAUGGAACCAUCCGGAUCUUUAAGAUCUCAGGGUACAGCUACUCGGGCUAGAUGAUCGAACUUGUUUCAAAUAGUCUUGUCCUGGGAAAUGGCUGUGGUAUCUUAGUUUUUCUUUUUGACUGCUUGAAGGCAUAAUUUCUGCCCAAGUACUUCUGCUUAAUUUAGUCUCAAUGUCAGUAGCUUCAGUCAUGAUGAGAUCAUGGAUGCACCAAGUACUCCUGUUUCAUGAAUCAUGCAAUCGAUGGUGCUACAUGACCAAUUCAACUGGUGAUGCUCAUGCACUCCUGUUUUGCACCA